GUUCAAUGCGGCGGUGUAUACUACGUUAGCAGCAAAUGAUUUUGUCGUAACUGCCGUGACAAACAACCACUUUGAACAACCUACCUACUCCAAUGCGACCGAGUCGUUACCCGAAGUCCACUGGGAGGCAUACAACUUCACAGGCUGGUCGAGAGAAAACGAGAAUGCGCGUGUAGUCCAGUUAUACAACAGGGUGCUUAAGGGAUACAAGACGAACGCACAGAGAUAUGAAGACCUGACGCCUGCUGAAUGUACAAAGCUCUACAACACUGACUUCAUGUCCAGCCACCGAAACCUAUACCUAAUCACCAAAGAUAGUUCUAACAGCACACACAAUAACACCCUCCUCGGAAUGGCAAAAGUCGAAGCCGGCGCCAUCUCGCCUAGUGAUUGGAUGUGCUACAGUUACAUUAUCUUCAUAGGCGAUUUUUCGGCCCAGCGCACGUGCAACGCCAAUAAUAUAGCCUCGGAAGUAGCGAAGGGGAUGCCUUGGCGGGUGCAUGUCGUGCGAGGUGAGGUAGAGAUAAGCGGGUGCAGGAGCGAGAAGAUACCGGAGAAAUGCAAGGUGAAGUUCUCGCUAGGAAUCAUGAUCGCGGUUAUCUGCUGCAAUCUCAUUAAAGCUUGUAGUAUGAUCAUGGCGGUUACGAGAUCCCGUGAGCCCACACUGGUCACUUUAGGUGAUGCUCUGGAAUCAUUUUUGAGGACUCCAGACCAGGAAACAAUGGGGAUGUGCUUUGCCGACCAGACAUUCGUCAAGAGGAAGUGGAGGAGCGGGCUAAGUAUUAUGCCGGAGCAGUGGAAGGUUAAGGGGGUUCAGAGGUGGUGGACUAGUGUUAGCCAGACAAGAUGGGUUACUUGCAAUUUUUUCUGCUUGAUAGUUAUCAUUGCCGCGGCGUUGUUACUUAGAUCUGGGAUGGCCAAAGACGGGAAAUACUUGGAGACCGACAUUACAUCAAUGCAA